CCGGGAGGGCCCCGGGGGCGGCGGGCGCGGCGGCGGGAUGGAGUCGGUGGUUUUCAUCUUCUCGCUGAUCGACUGCUGCGCCCUCAUCUUCCUCUCCGUCUACUUCAUAAUCACACUAUCAGAUUUGGAAUGUGACUACAUCAACGCUAGAUCGUGCUGCUCCAAACUCAAUAAAUGGGUGGUCCCUGAGGUGAUUGGCCAUGCUGUUGUAACAGUAUUAAUGCUUAUUUCAUUGCACUGGUUCAUCUUUCUCCUUAAUUUGCCAGUAGCAACAUGGAAUAUAUAUAGGUACAUUAUGGUGCCAAGUGGAAACAUGGGAGUGUUUGAUCCCACAGAGAUCCAUAACCGAGGACAACUGAAAUCACACAUGAAAGAAGCCAUGAUUAAACUGGGCUUUCAUCUGCUCUGUUUCUUCAUGUACCUUUACAGGUUGGAAUGGUAGUCAUUGCUGCUACACCUAUAACGGCAGUUUGCUGUGGGACCAAGUAGUGUGGCAAAAUGCAGACGGGUCUCACCUUUCUCUGCUCUCUGCUCAUCACCCGUGAGGCGCUGACAGCGAUGCAACACCUGUGACUGAGACACUCUGGAAGCAGUGCCAUCUGCUUGGAGCUUUCCUUUACAUGGCAUGGCUGCACCACGACACUAAAGGAGAGAGUUCGGAACACGUGCCUCUCCCUAACUCUGCUUCGUAAUACCUGAAGUGUCCUUUAUGGGUACAAACCAAGUACUGAAGAGACAGGCAGUAUUUGGGCAGAAGUACUAGGUUUAAAUUUCUAAUUGCAUUGCAGUGGAAACCAGGCACCAGCACGCACACACCCCCACACAGCUUGUGCCAAGUAAGGAGUCCCACUCUGAUUAGUUAUGGCCACCACAUUGAAAAUGCCUGUUGAAGUGCAUACGAGAAUUUAAAUCUCCACUUGAGAUUUGAUCCAGCCUUCACCACCUCCCUAGAGUUCCCACUUUAUUCCCAUGAGGUAAGCAAGUAGUGCCAGACCAUUGUAUGAGACUAUUAAAAGACAUCAAAACCAUUACUCUCCUUAAUCUCCCUAAACAAUGUUUGGUUUGAAAACACAAGUUCCAGAGUAAGACAAUACUAGAAUAACUUCCAAAGCUUCACAUACUGGCAUUGCUUACGAAUUAUACCGUGUUUUGAACAUGUAACACACUGUUUACAAUUUAGGUAGUUAAUUUUUCUUUAAAACCCAAAGGUUUAACUUACUGAAAUUUGAUCUUCGGAACUUGUCUGUUUCCCUGCAACACCAACACCAUAGGAACAAGCCUGACUAAUCCUACACUGUCAGAACUAGGAAGAGAAACAAAGAGCUUCCUCCAGAACUAAUUCAUGGAAGGGGGAAAUGAUUUAUAGUGUCAAGUUCACAUAUGUAUUCCCAGUACUGUGGAACAGUAAUUGCUAUCAAAGCAUUCACCUUAACUUUAAGGCUGAUGUACUGUAGACUGCAGAUAAGAACAUUAAGUUCCUACCUGGUUUUGGAGGUACUGAAAGACUAAGGUCAGAUUUGGGGCUGGUCUCAACCAUAGUAUCAGAAUCUUAACUCACACAUAAGUUUGCACACAAGGCAAGAAAAACACCAACCACCUGGCUGGAAUCUAAAAAGAAAAAAAAAUAAAUCUAACCUUCACUUUGGUUUUCUGGGAAAUACCACAUUCCCAUUCAUCAAAGUGGCUACACUUUUCCCAGGAAUUCCGGCAAACCUUCCCCCAUCCUUCUUCCACACAUGACUAAUAAGAACACUAGAUUAUUAUCUCAUUAAAGGAUGAAGUCCACACCUCUGUUCACACGACUGCAUGGCAUGCCCUUCCCUGCUCCCUCUUUACUUCGCAGCAGUACCAACACUACCUUUCCACCCACGGUGGCAAAAGGGAAUCCAGUGCCAUCCCAUAAUGAAUUUGUGUGUAGUGCAGAAGCACAGAGAUGCCAGGCCAUCUGUUUACACCAAAAAGAAUAAAUAUUUAAAUUAUAAA